CAGGAUGGCCAACAUUAUGAAAAAAAAUCUAUAGUCAGGUGACGAUUUCUUGUGACAGUUCGCAAUUUGUUAAUUUUUAUAAAAUUGUGAGGAUAUUUUAGCAAAAAUGGCCCUCCAAGCUGCCGUUAAAGGAAAACUGAUCAGUGUUAUCGGAGAUGAAGACACUUGUGUUGGGUUUUUGCUGGGUGGAAUCGGAGAAAUCAACAAAAACAGACACCCAAACUUCAUGGUAGUUGACAAAAACACACCAGUGAGCGAAAUUGAGGACUGUUUCAAGAGAUUCGUCAAGCGUGACGACAUUGACAUCAUCCUGAUCAACCAGAACAUUGCAGAGUUGAUCCGUCACGUCAUUGACUCUCACACAUCGCCCGUUCCCUCAGUAUUGGAGAUCCCAUCGAAGGACCACCCGUAUGACGCUACCAAGGACUCUAUCUUACGUCGCGCAAAGGGCAUGUUCAACCCAGACGACUUGUCUAUGUUUGGUGCUGAAAACUACGCUACAUAAUUUUCCUUUAUCAUGUACUUAGUUAAUUUUUUAAUCAAAUAAAAAUAUUUGUUUAUAUAA